AUGGUAUCAGAUCUUAUUAUUGCAGCAUUAACGGAUCCACAAGAAAAUGAAUUAUUUGUUAGUAAUGCAUUAAAUUGUAUUGUAGAAGGAUUUGAAAUAAUAUUUGAUAAAGGAUUAGAUAAAAAGAUAGCAUUAGAAUUUUAUGAUAAAAUAGCAAUUGCUAUUGAUGAAGUUAUAGAUGAUGGAAUUAUUCUUGAAGUUGAUUCAGAAGAAAUGGCUAAUAGAGUUAGUUUUAAGAAUAUUAAAGGAAAUGAAACAGGAUUUAGUGGAGAUGGAACAUUUACUAGUGCAUUAAAUUUUGCUAAAGGAUCAUUAUUAGGAUUGUGGAGAGGUAAAUAA